AUGGUGGAGAGGCUGACUCCAGUUUGCUUUCGGCAGACCCAGGACACGGGCAUCCCGUCGACAGAGAGCAAUCCGCCCGUGACGGACUUCCUGUCGGACUUGUCGGCAGCGAAGUCCGCAUCGCUUCCGACAUCGUGGGGCUGUGUGUGCGGCGUGACACCUUGUGGACUGCGUACGCGAUGUCGGGGCGCUAGUACGUCCGCGGUCUCGUCGACGUCGUUGGACUCCGCCCCAAUGGGCGUGCGCACGCCGUGCACGGACGACAUACCGUGCUCGCGCAGCAUCUCCUUGAUCGCGAGCUCUUGGUCCAGAUCAUAG